GCGGCCUGGACCGCGGGCGGCCUACAACCCUCGCACCAACGGCGCAUGGGACGCGUCGACGCGGUGCUUACGUGCCUCCGAGAACGCACACGUAAACGCGCUUGUUCCCACGAACGUGCGCUCUUUUACGUGUUUUGGAACGCACGCACACACACACACAGCAUCCGCAUCGCCAGCGCGCACGGCACAUGGUCCUCUCGUGCGCCGAGCAGCAUCCUCGAUCACGUACGAGGUCAUCUCUACGUUCGGGGUGAUCCGAUCAGUAGCGCGAGCGUGACAUGAGCGCGGCACGCAACAGCGCAGUUUAGAAGUGCGGGGGACGGAUUGUCAUGAUCGGCCUCAAAGUCUACGUGCGCUACGUCGUCAUUAGCUGACUGAAGAUUCGACUUCAAGAUCGAAUAUGACAUCCGGAAGCAGCAAUGGUACCAGAGAAGAUCCGUCGCGACGGUCCGGCACGUGUGACAUCUUUGACACGAUGUUGUAGCAGAAUAUGCUAACGAUAUCGGUGAGCUACCGAUCAACGAGAUCGGAAUUAUCGAUCGACCGAGUAGGCAGAGGUCGAACCGCGAGGAAUUGCGCCUUCCAAAGUGGGUCGAACCUGCGACACGCUUAUUCUCGCUGCGCGGGAGAGGAGAGCCAUACCAUUUCGACGUGGAUGAGAUCCGCGGGAGAUUUGCGGCGAGCCGAGCAUAGAUGCGCGCGCGCGUGUCGCACGCGUGCACUUGUACAAUGCGUGUGCAUCUACAAUGUAUAGCGCAGGUCACUACUGUGCGACGCGGUUCUUUGCUCUCGAUAGCUAAACGCGGGUAAUACACGGUAUUUGUGGCAAAAAGCGGACUCGAGAUUGCGGAAAAGAGAGUGCCUAGAAAAAAAGCGAAGAAGAAAACUGACGAUAGGAAGACGGGGAAAGAAAUUGCUCGAGAGAAGUGGAAGGGGGAGGGAGGGGGAGCGAGAGAGAGAGAGAGAGAGAGAGAGAGAGGAACUAGAGAGAGAGAGACAGAGUAAUGAUCGUGACGACGGUCGUGCGGACAAAUGAACACCUCGGCACAGCGUUUGGGAUAUUCCAAAGAUGUGAGGAAUGAUCACGUGGAUGAUGGUCGGGCUGCUUCUGGCUGCGGAAACUUGCGGCAGAAACGUCCUCUCCGGAAACGGAAACGGAAACGGAAAGGAAGAGGAGGCGAAGCGGCGGGAGGGACUGAAGAGCGUCAGCGCGGACGAGGAAGACAUCUAUCGUCUAACGUGCUACACUUGCGUCAACGUCAGCGAUAACCAGAUGUGCAACGAAUGGGCGAUAGAUACACCGUGUCCGGUGGGAGGCCGUGAUUUUUGUCGAUCACUGCACAUUCUGGACAGCCGGGGGAACAGUGUCCUGGUAAGCAAGAGUUGCGCCAACAGCGAGGAAUGCGGGCCAGCAUCGGUCGGUUGUAUUCCCGUGGAUACGCAGCAGAUUUGCAUAAGUUGCUGCGACCUGAGCUACUGCAAUAUCGAGUCGCCCACCAACGCAACCAACGCGAUCUAUUCCCGUCAACGACGCGCCAAGUCGAAAUCGAAGCGCAAACGGCCCGGUAGAAACGGAGUCGAUGCGGCGACACGACUCUACGGAUCCAGCUUGCUCUGGCUUCCCGCCUCGCUCUUCUAUGCAUAUCAUUGCUGAGGAAGUAGUAACACUACUUACUAACCGCGCACGCGAAGUGGACAGCGCGGAAAUCGCGCGAAAAUCGCACGAUGCGACGCGACGGUACCGUCGCGUUAAACGGCGUGACUCGCCGAUCUCUCUCGAUCGAACGUUCUUUCCUUGAUUUUUUUCUGUAGUGUCACGCUCGCCUAAAUAACCGACGCCGCCGUCUAAUUCCGACCAAACUUUCUGACAAACUUCCGCGGAAUCGUAGGAAAUCUAUUUCGUGUUCGAUUUUCCACGCUCGCCGAGACUAAUCCCGGCAGCGAUUAGCGUCCAAUUAUUUGGAAAGAAAACGCUGUCCCUCUAUUUUUCAUACUCUCAUUUGGCAUCUUUGUCGCCAUUAACUUUAAUAAAAAUCACGAAUUUUGACAUACAUACCUUGUAUACGUCGAUUGAACGCUUGUGCUACGAGCACGCCAGAGAAACGAGAUGUUUGGGAGUAAAGCGUCCAUAAGGAAUUGUUUGGGAGUAAUUCCAGAAGAGGUUCAGAGGAACAAGAUCCGUAGAAAGAACGAUCGAAAAACUUGGCGCCGUUCCGCGCUGUCCGAAACGUUAUUAAUCGGGGACUCUCCGAACUAAUCGGGUCCCUCGUGAUGGCAAAAGGAAUUGUUUUCUUGUCGUAGUAUCGGUAGUCGCUAUGCCUCGAAGUAGAAGGAACUUAAGGCACAAAGAGUACGCGGUCGAAGGAGACUUGAAGAAAAUCGAUAAAUCCGAAUUCGUUUCCGGCAAGACGACAAUCUAGACAUUACUACGUAAUAGAGUCGAUCACUAAUCACACGAACAUGUAGUUUUAUCACGACAACCUAUAUCCUGCUUACUUGACGUUCUUUCGCGAAAUCAGAAAUUAAAUAAAAUGUGUAAUUAAAAGUAAUUAAUUUAG